AUGAAGGAGAUGGAACAGCUUGGAUUCACGGAUUCUAAGGAAGAUUCAUCACUGUUUAUUUACCGCAACAACUUUGUCACCAUGUAUCUCCUCAUCUAUGUCGAUGAUAUAAUUAUUAGAGCCUCUGUUCCUGUUGCAAUUACAGAACUACUCCAGUUCCUCAGUGUUGAUUUCGCUAUUAAAGAUUUAGGUGUCCUUCACUAUUUCCUUGGGGUUGAAGUCCUCUCAGUCAAGUCGGGUCUUCUUCUCUCACAACGCAGCACUGUUGAAUCCUUACAAUACCUAGCACUGACACGUCCAGAUUUGGGUUUUGCUGUUAACCAUGUGCACCAGUUCAUGAAGAGAUCAACAAAACUACACUGGCAAGCUGUAAAAAGGAUUCUCCGCUACCUCAAGCACACAGUGUCUCACGACCUGCUCCUUCAUAGAACGCAAUCCAGUAGCCUACAAGCCUACUCGGAUGCAGAUUGGGCAGGCUACCUAGAUGGUAGACGCUCCACAAGAGCCUAUUGUGUCUUCCUUGGCUUGAACCUAAUUUCAUGA